CAGGUUCCCAGCGGCUCGCGGUCCCCUUCCGCGCCGCCCGUGCUGCAGCAGGGCACGCCGCUCCGGGACCGCAGAGUCGCCGGGGCUCCCAGCCGCCGGGCCCGGUACGGCCUCGCUCCCCAGGGCGCCCGGUAUACACCCCGCCUUUCUCUUUGCGCUCUUACAGGGGAACGCGGGGCAGAGGACGCCCCGCAGCCGCCUCGGUCUUGGCCAGCGUUUCGCGUCCACUUCCCCUGGCCUGCGCGCGCAGAAGCUGGAUCUAGCACGAGUCCACCGCGCGCCGGUCAACUGUGGGUAACUGCGGGCCGGGAGAAGCGCCCAGAUGCCGGCGGUCCCCGCCUUUGAGAGUCGACGGCACACCGGUACUUGAUUGCGGGUAGCGGGGAGGCUGGCGCUAGAUUGUUGAAUUCCCAGUUACGCGCAGAAUGCCCAAUCUUCUAAGCAGGAAGGAUCGGACAGUACGGAGAAGCGGGCUCCUGUAGUUCUGGGAUUGCAUUUUGCAACGUGUCUCCUCGAGCUUCGCGCCAAGCCUGGGGGAGGGAGGGAGUUGGGGCCGGAAGGCCAGCGCCGCGGGUGGAUAGGGUCCGCGGGUAGCCCGCGUGUGCGUCCCUGGCCAUGUCGCCUUUAAUGCCCUGCCCUUUUGCGUGGCCUUCUGAGGGUUUCCAGGGCAGGCCGGGGUUGCUUCCCACCCACACGCCCUCUCUCACCCCCAGCUAACCCCAGCGGGCAAGGCUCCCCAGAGCCGAGACCUUUUGACUCUGCUCCCUCGCUCCCGCCUCCGCCCUCGCCCGGGGGUGGCUCCCGAGAGCCGGACCUCGCCGGCCCCGGCUGGGACCAUGGUGUUUCUCUCUGGGAAUGCCUCCGACAGUUCCAACUGCACCCAUCCGCAGGCACCAGUGAACAUAUCCAAGGCCAUUCUGCUCGGGGUGAUCUUGGGGGGCCUCAUCAUUUUCGGCGUGCUGGGCAACAUCCUAGUGAUCCUCUCCGUGGCCUGCCACCGGCAUCUGCACUCGGUCACUCACUACUACAUCGUCAACCUGGCGGUGGCCGACCUCCUCCUCACCUCCACGGUGCUGCCCUUCUCUGCCAUCUUUGAGAUCCUGGGCUACUGGGCCUUUGGCAGGGUCUUCUGCAAUAUCUGGGCGGCGGUGGACGUCCUGUGCUGCACCGCGUCCAUCAUGGGACUCUGCAUCAUCUCCAUCGACCGCUACAUCGGUGUGAGCUACCCGCUGCGCUACCCCACCAUCGUCACCCAGAAGAGGGGUCUCAUGGCCCUGCUCUGUGUCUGGGCGCUCUCCCUCGUCAUCUCCAUCGGGCCUCUGUUUGGCUGGAGGCAGCCGGCCCCUGAAGACGAGACCAUCUGCCAGAUCACCGAGGAGCCGGGCUACGUGCUCUUCUCGGCCCUGGGCUCCUUCUACGUGCCACUGACCAUCAUCCUGGUCAUGUACUGCCGGGUCUACGUGGUGGCCAAGAGGGAAAGCCGGGGCCUCAAGUCCGGCCUCAAGACUGACAAGUCGGACUCGGAGCAGGUGACGCUCCGCAUCCAUCGGAAAAAUGCCCCGGUAGGAGGCAGCGGGGUGUCCAGCGCCAAGAACAAGACGCACUUCUCCGUGAGGCUCCUCAAAUUUUCCCGGGAGAAGAAAGCGGCCAAAACACUGGGCAUCGUGGUCGGCUGCUUCGUCCUCUGCUGGCUGCCUUUUUUCCUAGUGAUGCCCAUUGGGUCUUUCUUCCCUGAUUUCAAGCCCUCAGAAACAGUUUUUAAAAUAGCGUUUUGGCUCGGAUACCUAAACAGCUGCAUCAACCCUAUUAUAUACCCAUGCUCCAGUCAAGAGUUUAAAAAGGCCUUUCAGAAUGUCUUGAGAAUCCAGUGUCUCCGCAGAAGGCAAUCUUCCAAACACGCCCUGAGCUAUACCCUGCACCCACCCAGCCAUGCCCUGGAGGGCCAACACAAGGACCUGGUGCGCAUUCCAGUGGGAUCCGGAGAGACCUUCUAUAAGAUCUCCAAGACGGAUGGGGUCUGUGAGUGGAAAUUUUUCUCUUCGAUGCCCCGUGAAUCUGCCAGGAUUACAGUGUCCAAAGACCAAUCAGCCUGCACCACAGCCCGGGUGAGAAGUAAAAGCUUUUUGCAGGUGUGCUGCUGUAUGGGGCCCUCGACCCCCAGCCAUGGAGAGAACCACCAAGUUCCAACCAUUAAGAUCCACACCAUCUCCCUCAGUGAAAAUGGGGAGGAAGUCUAGAGGACAGGAAAGGUCAGAAGGAAGGCAGGGGGCGGGGGAUGAUCUUAGGCACCCACCCCACUUCCUAUUCGGAAGGCCAGUUCACUCUUCCUGGAUGACAAGACGGGACCAUCAGACCAGGGACCAUGUGGGAACGGGGUGGGGGAGGAGACCUUGGGCAGUGGGUAAGGCUCAGGGAAGAAGGGGGAUGUCACACGUCCAUCCAGCUCUAAAUGACGAUAAACAGCAUUUCCUUGAGGCUAAUGCUCUCGCGGUCAUCCUCUGAGGCCGCUUUCCACGUCUGGCCCUUGCAAACGAAAACCACCAUGGGAAACAGAAUGUCAUACACAAUCCAAAAGACUAUAAAUAUAAGGUUAUGAUUUCAUCACGAAUAUUUUGAGCACACACUCUAAGUUUGGAGCUAUUUCUUGAUGGAGUGAGGGGGAUUUUAUUCUCAGGCUAAACUUACUGACAGCCACGUUGGAUAUUUACAAGGAGAGGGCCUGGAGAGGAAGAGCCUUAAGAUGGAGGCCAACAUCCAGGCACAUUCUUUCGAGAGCGCAUUUUAAACUCCACUAUUUCUUAUCCAUCCAGUUGCUUAACUUGGGUGAAACGUGGCAGUGAGGUUUACCUUUUGCAGCAGUUUGACUGGAUGCUGCCCCUGAUUCCCUAAAGAUGAGGGGGAGGGGGCACUCAUUUUGCCUCGGAAUUAACGGAGGCACACCCUCUAUGCUCGGGUCUAGAUAGUUGGGGAAAAGAUGGCUUUUCCUGAUAGGAGACAGUAGAGGUGAGGGCCCGUUUUUUCAACUUACUGCUACAGAAAAAAGUCCAGUAGCCAAUGCCAAGAUCAAAUCGAGGAAGGCUUCUUGUGAAACCUACUUAAAGAUCAAGAGGUUGGGGUGUAGUGGGUGCUGAUUUCAUGCUAAGAGGCUGCAAACUUACUGCGCAGCGUUUUUGAUGUGGCUUAAAAAGGCUUUUCUUGGCAAAUGGCUUACUUUUUCCAGAACUCCAUUAUGAAAAUCCAGAGCUUGUAGUACUUUGAAAGGCACAUCCUGACUUCCAUUUUUUCUCAGCUGCUUCGCUACCGCAUAAUGAAUGAGGUUCAAGGUCCUGAAUGCACAUGCAGCCUGGUGGAAUGAGCCUUAUGAUCCAGGGAUACCCUUCCUGAACUUUGAAAGAUACACACGCUUAGCUUGAGAGGAGACUGACUGGUCACCAGAAAACCAUCUAAAGGAGGAAUUUGCAAAUAGUUUUUGACAGAGGCCCAUUGCUUCUGGUAAAAAUCCAGGAACCUGUUCAUUUCAUCUAUCCCCACUUUCUACAGGAAUGGGGGGAACUUGCUUUAUGUGUUCCAAAUUUUGGUAAACCUUCAUAACUCUGAAUAUUACUGAAGAUGAAGAUGAUCAUGAUAUGCAAAAAUUAAAAUAUUUUUCACGUGCCACAGUAAGAAUUUAAAAUAAGACUUACGUUUUUAGAAUAAUUCUGGACUAGAAUCACUGGUCUAAAAACUACUGGUCGACCAUUUCUGUGGCCUCUUCCCCCCACUUGAGUAAUUUCCUCUUAAGAAUUCCCAAGCAGAUUGCAGCCCCUGUUUAACUUUCACAGCAAAGGUAGGAGCUUGUGAUCUUCUCUUCUUCCCUUGCAGCACAAUGAUAAUUUCUUCAAGUGCGCCUUGAAGGCUAAUACCUUUGCACACUGCCAUGGUGGGGGGGGGGGGGGGCGGGGGGGGGGAUGUUUGCAUGUGGAUUUGAGUUUGUGGCUGGUUGUGCCGGGACAUAAAAUAUUUUGCCUUUUCAACCCUUUCUGGAGAAUGUCCUCUUGCUGACCAGAUACACACACUAUGUAUGCCUUGUGCUUAUAACUUUGAUUCUGGCAUUAGAUAUUGGCUGGAUUUUUAGACUCUGGGCCUGUCUGCAUGUCCCAUAACAGCUCUACCAGAUGUGGGGGUCCUAUUAUGGAUGUAAGCAUCAAGAAAGGACUUGAACAUACAAAACUUCUCUUCUGCCUUGAUAGGAAAGAUAAGUUUCAUUGUUCACAAGAGUUUCGUCCAGGAUCUGAAUUUUAAAAACCACUUUUCCCAGGCUCCCUUUUACAGGCACAGCAUCCCCGGGAAAAGAAUGGUAAAUGUCUUGUUUCCAUAAAAUAUGGCUCUCUUAAACAACAUUUCCAGACAAAUUUAAAUUUUAGGUUUUAUUUGGGGAGGGAGGGGAUGGGGAGGAGCAGAGAGACAGGAGAGAGAGAAUCCCAAGCAGGCUCUGCACAGCCCCCACGGGGUUCGAUCUCAUGACCGUGAGAUUGUGACCUGAGCCCACAUCAGGAGUUGAAUGCUUAACUGACUGAGUCACCCAGGUGCCCCUAAAUGUUGGAUUUUAGAAAGCUAAGGAUCACCAGAAAGCCAGCAUUAAUGCCAUUUCUAAUCAAAACAAGCAGCUAGAAAAUCUUUCGGCCAUCAGAUAAAAGCCAUGACAAUUGUAUUCAUGUGAAACUAUCCAUAAGUAAAUUAUCUGCUACACCCUUCACCAACCACACUCCCUCCAGGGAGGCAAACUUUAACAUUUAUUUCCUUUCCCAUAACAUGAUAUUAAGUAUAAACAUGCCAAUUUGACAAGAAAUCGAUAAUGUCACCCAAGACUUAGUCAAAGUGGGAUAAACAAUACUUGAGUUAUUUUUACUCAUCCACAAAAAUCUCUGUACCUUUGAGCAUGCCAAAAACUCUCCAAAAUUGUCACAGUUAAACAAAUGAUUGUCAUAUUUAUACUCACAUGUUUACUGCUUCUAUUUGUAGUUUGAAGAAUUUACCCAGAGUAACAGUGGUCAAAAUGUUUUCUCAAAUGUGUUAUAAAAAGCAGUUGCUUUGAGACUCUCUGAACAUCACAAAGAAUCAACUUGACAUAAUGGGAUGGGCAAAAUUUGAGUUGCUUCUGCAGUUCAAAUUGUGUGCCUUAAGAAAGACCUUGGAUGUCUGUACUCAGACAUUUCCCCAAGUUACUGCAAGGAUUUCAGGAGAGCACUUUGCUUGUCACAGUUUUCUUCCUCUUGCCUCACUUGUGUCUCAUCCAAGACCACUCUGCUGUCAUCAUUUUGUGUAUGCUAACGCUCCCCAAAAUAUUAAGGCUUUGAACUCUCACUACCUACCUGGGAUCAUCCAUCCAUGGUGGACAGCGAUGUUUGGGUAAAUAAAUAUAUUCUUAAGGC